AUGAAUGAAAAUGGGGAUACAGAUCAACUAUUAGUACAUGAAUCAUAUACAGAAAAUCUUCAAAAUGAUGAAAUAAAUGAUCCUAUCGAUCUUAAAAACAUUCCUUUGACAUCUUGGAAAUUUGAAGGUUGUUGCUGUUUUGUUAAGACAAUGAAAAUAGAGAAAACAAACAAACAUUACUGUGGGUAUUGGGAAAUAUCAGCUUGUAUGCCUUCAUCGGUAGUAUUUUUAAUAUUAUUUGCAUAUUCAUCGUAUUUAUUUAUUACUUUCCCAAGAUUAUCAUUAAUAUCAAAAAUAAUAUCAUGCUUGCAAAUAACUCUUAUGAUGAUUUUGUUCUUUUGGUCAUAUUUUUCCGCAAUGUUAUCAGAUCCUGGAUAUUUACCAUAUAAUUGGGUAGAGACAAGAAGAACAAAGUAUUCGCCUGAGGAAAUACUAUCCGGAACAAUAACUUCUUCAGAUCAAUACAGAUUUGCAAAGCAAAAUAUUCCUCCUUCUUGUUCGCUAUCAAAAACAACAGGAAGAUUUAUCAUUAGAGCAGACCACAUAUGUGAUUGGGUUACAAAUUGGAUCGGUAAACGCAAUCACAAACAAUUUAUUUUGAUGAAUUUUUAUGGAGCACUUUACGCAAUAUCAUUAUUUGUAUGGAGAUUCUUUAUGAAUUCUGUUCCUGACCAAGCACAAGAUGCCAUUCAAGUUUUUUUGAUGAUAAUUUCUGCAUCUGAAGAAUUUAUAUUUACUUUUAUUUUAUCAUGGUCAAUGAUUCUAAAUUUGAUCGACCUUUGCGAAAAUAAUACAACAAUCACAAAAUACAAACAAAUUGACACUCCAAAGUAUUCUGUGAUUGAUUCUAUGAGACAAAUAUGCGGAAAUGGUCCUCUUAUUUCAUGGGUAUGCCCAACAAGCGCAUUUGGCGAUAAUAUUCAGCUAUAA